GGGAGCGCGGCGGCGGCGGCGGCGGCGACGCUGCUGCGGGUCCCGGUGCGGAGCAUGUGCGCCCAGGCGGAUGACUGGCGCUCGGCCAAGGCCAUCUACGACUUCCACGCCCUCGACAUCGAUGGCAACGACGUGUCCCUGGAGAAGUACCGGGGCUGCGUCUGCAUCAUCACCAACGUCGCCUCCAAAUGAGGGAAGACCGCGGUAAACUACACUCAGCUUGUUGACCUGCACGCCCGAUACGCUGAGAGGGGUUUACGCAUCCUGGGCUUUCCCUGCAACCAGUUCGGGAAGCAGGAGCCCGGGGACAACGCUCAGAUCAAGGCAUUUGCUGAGAACUACGGGGUGAAGUUCGACAUGUACAGCAAGAUCGAUGUGAACGGGGACGAUGCCCACCCGCUCUGGAAGUGGAUGAAGGAGCAGCCCAAAGGGAGGGGCACCCUGGGCAAUGGAAUAAAAUGGAACUUCACCAAGUUCCUCAUUAACCGGGAGGGCCAAGUGGCGAAGAGGUACAGCCCGAUGGAGGAUCCCUACGUGAUCGAGAAGGACCUCCCUGCCUACCUGUAGCUCCGCUCCGCUGUCCCCCCGCCCGCCCCGGCCCCGCUGCCCCCGGAGCCUCCUCCAGCCCCAUGACGGGCUGCCCCCAAGCCAGGUCCUGGUGGGGCAGCCCCGACCCCCGGCGUGCACCGCUGGACUGAGGCCCCGGGAACGCGGCUGCCCCGGGCAGGAGCAGCCGGAGCCCCCUGGCAGUAACUGGAGUCCCCUGGCAAUAAAGACCUUAGGAAUGA